GGGCCUGGGGGCCGGGGGAGGGACGGGAAUCGAGCGUCCCGCCACGUCAGUCUCCGGCCCUGAGCCUAUCCCGCGCUCUGCCUGUGGUGAGGGGGCCGUGUAGUGCCGGGAAGCGGCUUCGAGAAAAAGGAGGCCUCGCCUGCCCUACUUCUGGAGCGGCGCCCCGAAAACCUGCCUGGGCGCGCCGUGCUUCCCUGACCGGCCUGAGACGGAACCGUUGGCUCCCUCCGGUGAAAGCCGGCCAGUGUGUUCUAAGAAGCUUUGUGCACCCGGUAUUGGGAUUUCGCCUCCAAGCUGUGAAGAAUUUCCAAGUCUGGAAAAUAGCGAGUGUGCUUGUUUCUAUAGGAUCUGUUCCCAGCCUAGCAUUGCAAACCACAAUGAAGAACCAAGACAAAAAGAAUGGGGCUGCUAAGCAGUCGGGCAACACUUCCAACCCCAAAACCAACCCGGGGCAAGCGGAAGCAGGACCAGAGGGAACCCAGGGGCGGCCCAGCCAGCCGGCUCCUGCGACAGAAGCCGAAGGUUCCUCCAGCCAGGCUCCGGGGAAGACUGAGGGAGCACAAGCCAAAACUGCUCAGUCUGGGGCCCUCCGUGAUGUCUCUGAGGAGCUGAGCCGCCAGUUGGAAGACAUCCUGAGUACAUACUGUGUGGACAACAAUCAGGGGGGCCCAGGUGAGGAUGGGGCACAGGGUGAGCCUGCUGAACCCGAAGAUGCAGACAAGUCCCGGACCUAUGCUUCGCGGAAUGGGGAGCCUGAGCCAGAGACCCCCGUAGUCAAUGGUGAGAAGGAGACCUCCAAGGGGGAGCCGGGUACAGAUGAGAUCCGGGCAAGUGACGAGGUCGGAGACCGAGAUCACCGAAGGCCGCAGGAGAAGAAGAAAGCCAAGGGUCUGGAAGGGCCUUCCUUGCGUCGACAAGUAGCACUUGGCCAGUGGGAUGUCUUUUUUUCUCCUGCUGGUAGAGCAGGGAAGGAGAUCACAUUGCUGAUGCAGACACUGAACACGCUGAGCACCCCAGAGGAGAAGCUCGCAGCUCUGUGCAAGAAGUAUGCCGAACUGGAAGAAGGCGUGCAGCGGGCCCGGGAGGAAGAGGAGAAGCGCAAGGAGGUGACCUCACACUUCCAGGUGACGCUGAACGACAUUCAACUGCAGAUGGAACAGCACAAUGAGCGUAACUCCAAGCUGCGCCAGGAGAACAUGGAGCUGGCAGAGAGGCUCAAGAAGCUGAUCGAGCAGUACGAGCUCCGGGAGGAGCAUAUCGACAAAGUCUUCAAACACAAGGACCUGCAGCAGCAGCUGGUGGAUGCCAAGCUCCAGCAGGCCCAAGAGAUGCUGAAGGAGGCAGAGGAGAGGCACCAGCGGGAGAAGGAUUUUCUCCUCAAAGAGGCAGUGGAGUCCCAGAGGAUGUGCGAGCUGAUGAAGCAGCAGGAGACCCACCUGAAGCAGCAGCUGGCCCUAUACACAGAGAAGUUUGAGGAAUUCCAGAACACUCUUUCCAAAAGCAGUGAGGUGUUCACCACAUUCAAACAGGAGAUGGAGAAGAUGACUAAGAAGAUCAAGAAGCUGGAGAAAGAAACCACCAUGUACCGGUCCCGGUGGGAAAGCAGCAACAAGGCCUUGCUUGAGAUGGCUGAGGAGAAAACACUCCGGGACAAAGAGCUGGAGGGCCUGCAGGUGAAAAUCCAGCGGCUGGAGAAGCUGUGCCGGGCGCUGCAGACAGAGCGCAACGACCUGAACAAAAGGGUACAGGACCUGAGUGCUGGUGGCCAGGGCUCCCUCCCUGACGGCGGCCCUGAGCGAAGACCAGAGGCUGCAACCGCCUCCAGGGAUCAAGGUUGUGAGGGUCCUGGAGCCCAAUCACCAAGCUCCCCGAGGGUCACAGAAGCUCCUUGCUGCCCUGGAGCAGCGAGCACAGAAACACCCGGCCAAGCGGGGCCCCAGGAGUCCACCUCCACCACCGCCUAGGGAACCUGGCACGGGGGGCGUGCUGGGAAGGGAGCAAGCAGCCCAGCCAGGCCUGGCCCAGGCAAGGCUCCCACCGCUAAGCAGUCCAGUGCUGAGGCCCAGGGUGCUCCGACCUGGCUGGCAUCUGACACUUGGCAGUUUUGGAUUUCGUGGGUCAGUUUUACAUACAUACGGCAUAUGUGCAAGGCCUCCUACCUUUCUGUCUCUUAAGUGGAACAUGGGCUUGCACUGGAGGUGGGGGUGUGUACGGGUGAAGUCACUGGCUCUUCUGUGAGCUGAAGAGUCUGAAAGAGGAGCUGCCAUCUGUAGCUGCUGUCACAGUGAGCUGGCAGGACAAGUGACUUGAGCAUUCCCCUGCCUGACUUGAGGCUCAGAUCCCUCCCUUCCUGCCCGUGAGGGCUUGUGACAAGUGAUACACUCAGGCCUUGACUGCAUUUCCCUCGUUAGCAGGGCUUGGGCAGCUCUGGCUCACCUAGCUCCCCUGGAAGCUCCUUUGCUUCUCUUAACCUGGAGAAAGGGGUCCCCGGGCGGGGCCUUCAGAGCUGGGGAUCCAACUGCUGUCCUGCUUUGGACGGGGGACCUGGAGAAAGUUGCUGUGGGCUGGUACACGGUUAGGGAGCCCUCAGGUGGUGCCAGGACCAGGCCAGCGAUGCUUCUCAGUAGCCUUAUCAUUCACAGGUGCCUCUCUAGCCUGCACAAAUGAUUGACAAGAGAUCACCCAAAGGAUGCUUUCUGAAGGUUUCUGUUUUUUGUUUUUGUUUUGCACAUGACAGUGUGUGUAUUGAUCUGAGGAAGGAGGAGGGGCAUUGGCGCAGUUGGCCUCCAGUGCCCCCCACCCUCAACACCCCACCUGGUAUCUUUGCCACGUUGGUGCUGAGCUUUCCUGUUCGGUGAAAUCAGAUUGCAGUUAGGAGGAAGAGAAGGGCAUCUGAUGGUUUUGCCACAAGCUUGCCUAUGUGUUUCGGUCCUGGGAGGCCACUGCUGAUGCCCAUCACCACUGUCUCCAUGUGGCAGUUGCUGGGCCCCGUGCCCAACUGUCCCCUUGGCUUUUAGGAGUCUGUUUCUGCUUCUAACCCCACCGUUAAUGUGCAAUCCUUGAGAUUUGCCCUGGUCCCAUUGCCUAAAGAAUAAGCUGAAGUAUGUCCUUGAUGUCUCAGUUCCUGUGUGGAAGCCCCCAGCUCUUGUCUGGCAGCUGAGGGACGGAAUGAGACUUGACAGUUGAUGAGCCUCAGAAAUCUGCAGGACGGCUGCAGAUACUCGGGUCUGGUGCCCCCACGCCCCCCAGUACUUGCUGCUCUGGACUGAAAAUUUUGCCGGUUGUGUAUUCAUCAGUCUGUACAGAGCAAUUUUCUGGAACAACAGAAUGAGGCACGGGUUGGGAAGCUGGGCUCUGGUGGGCGUGAGGUCCUACACCCUGCCUCUGGCUGGGCCUCGGCUUCAGUGUAGCUGAGGGAGCUGUGGACCAAGAGGCACAGGAUGGUGGAGCUUUUGUUUCUUGCUGGAUUUCCUUGAAGCUAGUUCAUUAUCCUGCAGGUCCCUUCAUCUUCAACAACCAGCCCGCUCUCCAUGCCUUUCACUUCAGUCCCUCACAUAAACAGGUUCAUGAAGAGUGCUCAGUGCGCGUGAAACACGUUAACGACGUAGACCAGAGAUGGCACGGGACCGGCACACCGUUUUUCCUCUGCCCCCGUGGCAGGAGCCCCUGCUGGGCCGUGGAGUGUUUCCCGCUAACCCCUGCUGCAGCCAGCUCAGGACCCCCUGGCAGCCGGGCCAAGUGUGGACACCUACUUGCCCUCCCUGGCUGAGCUCCUCUCCUGUGGACAAGUGUUUCCUAAGAUCUUGCCCUCUGAAAUGGCUAUAUGUGGAAUGGUCCCUGGAUCUGCCGUGUCCUUCCCCAGUAAGGCCUUCUUUCCCCCUCUCCUCCUCCCCCCCGCCCCCCCGCCCGGCCCUUUGUCAGGCUGAGACACACAACCGCGUACAGGGUGUGCUGGGCUCCAGAAGCGCAAGGAAGAGGCAAGCUGCUGCCUGGCCGGUUUCAAGAGCAGGAGGCAUGCGGUAGCCCACGCGAUGGCCUUGCUUGCCUCAGCCACCUCGUGGAGCCCACGGGCUGAGGGGGAAGGCUGUGGGGGACCACGACUGCAGCGCAGCCGCCCCCAGAGAGCCAGUCCAGCUGCUGUGGGGCUGCGGCGAGCAGGGCGGCCCCAGCCGUGUCUAGGCGUCCGGGCCAGGCUGCAGCUGAGGCCCCCGUUGUCCCUCUCCCUCUCCUCCCCGUUGGCCACACCACGCUGAGCACUACAGCGGCUCUGCUUGUUCUGCUUUCCGGCCCCGAGCCUGGGCCGGAUGCGGGGGAAGGUGGCCUGUCCGGAUGAAGGCCGGUGCCGUCCUCCCCGGGGCAGGGCCCGAGCACGUGACCUCCGUUUCGGGACCAAGAGCUGUGUUGGAUCCUUAGGUUCCUAGCGUUUCAGGGGACCACUGCCGGUGAGGCUCGCCGCCCCGAGCCCUUGGCCCUGCUGACGUAACGUGUGCUGCGGACCUUGCCGGCCUGAGAGCCUCGCGUGCACCAGGUUCCCGGGAGGUAUCGGCAGCACUCGUUUUCUUUUGUUUUCCAUGAGGUUUCUGGACCACGGGCUGAGCUCAGGCACUUUCUGUGAGAGGAUGUUCUGUCUGUAAAGACGGUUAUCUCCGCUCCCGUCACAGUGGCCCUGCUGAGGGCCAAUCGAGAGGCCAGUGGACCUGCCCUGGUGGCUGGGGGGGGGGGGGGCGCGGCAAAGCCUACUGAGCUGAUUCUCCAGCUGCUGCCCGGGCCUCCCACCUGAGCAGCACAGAGGUGGCCGCCCCAGGGACAGCCGGGCACCUGCCUGGGGGAGGGGUGCUGCCUUCUGUCCCUGUAACUGCUUCCCAUAUGGCCCGACCUGGCCACCCAGAUUUGUUUUAAAGCUGUGCUGACAGCCUUUUUUUUUUUUUUGUCUCCUUUUGGUAUUCACAACAGCCAGGGACUUGAUUUUGAUGUAUUUUAAACCACGUUAAAUAAAGAGUCUGUUGCCUUA